AUGCCCUCAGGGCCCCCACCGAGCCCCGCCAGCCCUCUAUGUGCGGGGAACCCCCAUGCCCCCCUCACAGGUAGCUUUCCCCCCCUCGGUGCCCCGCUCACGGGCAGCAGCAGCCCCUCCCAGCGCAGCACGUUCCCGUCCACCGCCCGCAGGUCGCGGACCCCGUCCCAGUGCCGGGACUCUGCCAGCUCCUGCGGGGACACCGGACACGCCCCGUGGGUGGAAACACCCGGACACGCCCCAUAUAGGCAGGACCGCAACCAAUCCACGCCCCUUCCCGGUGCGGUCCCCGACGGCGAAACGAAACUGGAGCGCGGGGAUGGGGCGGUACUCCGGGACCGGCACCGGCAUCUCCGGCACCCCCCGCACACCGGUGCCGCCGCUCUCUGGCACCGACGCCGCCACCACCCACUCCCUGGCAGCCCCUGCUCCACGGCACCGGCACCCCUUGGUCCCGCCCCGGUACUGCUGCUCCCCGGCACGCCCCGCUCCCGCACCGGCACUCCUCGGCACCCCCCGCCGGUUUCCGGGAAGCCCCGACAGCCGCUGCCUUCCUUAAUCUUUAACCCGGCGGGGCCGGAACCGGCCAAAUACCCCCGCGCCCGGCCAGACCCCCGCGCCCGCCCGGACACGGGGACAGAACUGCAGUCACUCAGGACCUCCACCAUGACACUCUGGCUGCUCCUGGCUUGGCUGGUGGCCACAGCCACGGCCACUGUCACCCCAGUACCCAAGCCUGAGGCCUCUCCCAACCUGCUGGAGCUGCUCCAAGAGUCCCUGCCGGUGCACUCCCAUCCUCCCCCAGGCCCGCCAGGGGACAUGGGGGCCCCCAUCCUGCUGGGGUCCACUGCCCCCACCGCUCCUGCCCCCACUGCCCCCCUCGGGGCCACAGACCCCCCCAGCCCCACAGGUGCACCCGAGGAGCCAGUCACCAUGGCUGAAGGCAGCACCCUGGAGCCCCCCGGCACCAGCACCCCGCGGUGCCCGGGGGAUGAGGAGCCAGUGCCGUCCUGUGGGGAGCCCUCGGGGGAGCAGCAGGCAGCUGUGGCCGAGGCCGUGGGCACCUUUGCCCUCCGCUUCUACCAGCACAUGGCAGCAGCCGCCCAGCGUGGCACCAACCUGCUCUUCUCCCCCAUCAACGUGGCCACGGGGCUGGCACACCUGCUGCUGGGCGCCCGCGGUGACACCCGUGACCGCCUGGCUGCCGUCCUGGGGCUGCCGCCGGAGCCGGGCUGCCUGCACGGGGCCCUGCGCCGGCUCGCCGCCGCGCCCGGGCUCUUCUCGGCCGCCCAGAUCUUCCACCACCCAGAGCUUCGCCUCCGGCCCCGCUUCCUCAACCAGUCCUGGCACUUCUACGGCGCCCGGCCCCAGGCCCUGAGCGGCAAUGAGAGCCUGGACCUGCUGCAGAUCAACCAGUGGGUGCGGGGGGCCAGCAAGGGGCUGCUGCCCGGCUUGCUGCUCGCCAUGCCCCCCCAGCCCCUCCUGCUGCUGCUCAGCGCCGUCCACCUGCGCGCCACCUGGCGCGUGCCUCUGGAGGCCGAUCAGACAGUGCUGCUGCCCUUCCUGCUCCCUGGCCACCCCCCACGCCUGGUGCCCACCAUGACCAGCAAGAAAUACCCGGUGGGCUCCUUCAUCGACCCCCACCUGCAGGCACAGGUGGGGCGGCUGGAGCUGAGCGGGGGGCUGAGCCUGGUGGUGCUGGUGCCGCUGGGGCCCCUGGGGGCGCUGGAGACCCUGGAGCAGGCGCUGGACCCCCCGACCUUCCUGGCGCUGCUGCGGCGGGCGGCCCAGACCCCCCCCCGCCCCACCGCCCUGGCCCUUCCCCGCCUGCGCCUUGACGCUGCCCUCGACGUGGUGGCGCUGGUCCAUGACAUGGACUUUGGGCUGUUCCUGGAUGCGGAGCUGUGCGGGCUGGCGUGGGACCCGGCGGUGGCGGUGGACACGGCGCGGCACCGCGCGGUGCUGGCGCUGGACGAGGCCGGCGUGGAGGCGGCGGGGGCCAUGGCCACCUCGGUGGCCCGGUCGGCCCUGCUGCUGGAGGCCCUACGCCCCUUCCUCUUUGUUCUCUGGCACGACACUGGCAGUGUACCCCUCUUCAUGGGCCGCCUCAGCGACCCCCAGCCCUGACCCCUGCCCACCCCUGCCUCCUGCCCUCCCUCCCUCCUUGCAUCCCUCACUCCUUCCUCUUCUCCCUCCAUACCUCCUCGCUCCUGUCCAUAACUCCCUCCCUACCUCCUUCCCUCCAGCCCUUCUUCCCUCCCUUCUUCUCCUCCCCUUCUCCCUCCAUCCCUCCUCCUUUUCCCUCCCCCUGUUCCUUCUCCCUCCCUCCUUCCAUUCCUCCCUUUCUCCAUGCCCCCUCCUUCCCUCCCUCUAUCCCUUCCUGCCUUGUCCUUACUUCUCUCCUUCCCUCCUCCCCUCCCUCCAUCAUUCCUCCUUCCUUUCCCUCCCUCCUUCCGUCUCCCAUCCCUCUUUUCUUUCAACCAUCCUCCAGCCCCAUCCUUCUGUCUUUUCCCUCCCUCCUUCCUCCCUCAUCCCUCCUUGCUCCCUCUCUCCCUCUUUCCUUCCCCCCUCCCAUCCCUCCCUCCCCACCUCCCCCUAUCUCCCCACUUCUCCCUCCCCCAUCCACUCCCCUUCCCCACCCUUCACCCCCCCAGGGAAGCUCCUCCCCGUGCCUCAGAUUCUCCACCAGGUCAGUGCCAAUAAAUGCCCCGACCACA